AGAAAAUGGUCGCCUGGAGAGCCGCUGGACUCAACUACGUGCGUUACUCGCAAAUCGCUGCCGAGAUCACCCGCAAGUGCACCAAGCAAGUCGGAGGAAAGGCCGCUGUUAAGAAGCCAGAGGCAACUCUCAAGAUCACCACAUGGGAAAAUGGAAAGCAGCAAAAGUAGACAAAUGAUCGCACAACAGUAUUCGAAUAAUUCCAUUUGGAUACAUUCCAUACCUUUCUUCUCUCACUUCCGAUUGUUUAUGAUUUAUUUUAUUAGACGAUAUAAAUUUUAAGCUCAAUU